CUAUAAUAUAGUCGUCGUCGUCGUCGUCGUCGUCGUUGACUGCUGCAGUCCCUUCGGGAGUUUACAUAAUAUCAUACAUGUCAUAUACGUACGUUGUCCUCCGGACGCUGCACACAUCAUCACCGAUGUCGAUGUCCCGCGCGUUUUAACACGUCUAUUUAAUAUAAUACCAAACUGUAAUUUUGAUCUUCGUCGAUAUCAUUCCGAUCGUAGUUGUACCUACCUGUAUAGAUUGCACACGAGAGUCGAUCACCGCGGUGUAGUAGGUAUAUAAACGCAGGUCGUCAAAAUGAUGAUGGACUCGGACUCAGCAUACAAACCCAACGGCGAUUACCUCAUGUCACCGUACAGCUGGCACACGCCGCAAGAUUUGCAGCAGUUCACCAAUGCGCCUAUCGUGUACCCAUAUGGCGACUACGGAUCUGUGGUGGUCAAGUCUGAGUAUGACGAUGAUGUUUGCGGGGUUGGAGGCGGCGGUGGAGUCGGAAUCGGUGGAGACCUUAGCUGCGGUGGUGGUGGAGACGGCUGUGGCGAUGUCGGAGUCAGUGGCGGCGGUGGUAGCAGCAGUUCACCCGGCCUGGAACAUGACACGGUGGAACCGAAAAAAGGAAAAAAACGAUCGUCCAGAUCAAAAGAAAUUCAAACACCAUUGAAAUCGAGGAGACGAUCUCCACAGACCCCCGAAGAGAUGCAAAGCCAGCGGGUGAUGGCCAAUGUACGGGAACGACAGCGGACACAGAGUUUGAACGAGGCGUUCGCGUCUCUCCGGAAGAUUAUACCCACGCUCCCUUCUGACAAACUAUCGAAAAUCCAAACAUUGAAGUUAGCCACGCGGUACAUUGACUUCCUAUACCAGGUACUGCACAAGGCCAACACGGAAGAAGUGCCCAUGGUGGGACAUGUUGAUUCAGAUUCACAACACUCCAUUGAACAAGGAUCUUCCGGUACUGGAUCUUGCACUUACGUUGCUCAUGAGCAAUUGAGUUAUGCGUUUAGUGUGUGGAGAAUGGAAGGCGAAUGGAACAACGUCAAUCAAGAAUAAAAAUUUUAACAUUUAUGUUAGCAUACGGGAUGGUGGUGUUUGGACAUCGAAAAGUAUUUAUAUAUGCAACUAAAUAUUUCCUCUUGCAAUUUUGCAUAUACAUAUAUAUAUGUACCUAUUUAGUAUAUGUUAUGUAUAUUAAAUUCAAAACUAUGUUUAGUUUUUAUAC